AUGGUUGUAGUCGAUUGUGUAGUAAAAAGAAGUCGUUCGCGAAUAAAAGUAGUUAUUCGCCGCAAAUCGACGAAAAAGUCGAUUUGCAGUUCACUAGUCGAGGUCAUUCACCUAAAUUCAUUCGAUUGUAUGUUGAAGAUAAUAAUAGAGAUGUGCGGACAGAGACUAAUUUAAAACGUAAAAUGUAAGAAAAAUUGGGGUGUGAUGUUUUGUGGGUUGGGCGAGAUUUACGUUUUGUCGAUAUUUUUAAAAAUACAUAUAGGUAUGUAUGUCGGCGGAAAAAUUCAGAUUAGGAGAAAUUCAAUUUUUC